AACUGUAGUGCAGCAGAAGCAGAACCAACAUCACCAUCUCACCAAGAAAUAUGUCCACCACUGACAUGAGCAUGGGCAAAAUCAUUUUCUACGAGGAUAGAAACUUCCAGGGUCGCUCCUAUGAGUGCAUGAGCGACUGUGCUGACAUGUCCUCCCACCUGAGCAGGUGUCACUCCUGCAGGGUGGAGAGCGGCUGCUUCAUGGUCUACGAUCACACAAACUACAUGGGAAACCAGUACUUCAUGAGGAGGGGCGAGUACGCUGACUACAUGAGCAUGAUGGGCUGGAGUGGUGGAAUCAGGUCUUGCCGUAUGAUCCCCAUGCAGUACAGGGGAUCCUACAGGAUGAAGAUCUAUGAGAGGGAGAACUUCGGUGGUCAGAUGUAUGAGCUGAUGGACGACUGUGACUCCAUCAUGGAUCGCUACCGCAUGUCUGACUGCAUGUCCUGCCAUGUAAUGGAUGGUCACUGGCUGAUGUACGAGCACCCCCACUACAGAGGCAGGAUGAUGUACAUGAGGCCUGGAGAGUAUAGGAGCUUCAGGGAGAUGGGAUAUGGAGGCAUGAGGUUCAUGAGCAUGAGGAGGAUCAUGGACAUGUGCUAGAAAUGUUUAUUUUCAAAAAAUUAUGUAAAAUAAAGACAGAACAAAAAUCUAAA